ACAUAUUCUUAAUUUCUUCUUCCCUUUCACUUCCAUGGCUCUCUUCUCAAAAUUCUUCUCUUUUCUGUUCUUCACAGUACUUUUCCUGUCUCUGCAAAUCCAUGCCAGAGACAGUCAGUUCUUCAGCAAAGUAACACAUGCCAACGACAAUAAUAUUAAUGGGAUCAAAGAAACUGAUCUCCCCAGCAAAGAAGAAGAACCAGUGAACAAGCAGCCAGGGCAAGAGCCUGUCUUCGUCCCUGAGGCUCAUGACAGCUAUGGCCUCUACGGCCACGAGUCCGCCGGCCAGUUCCCUCCGGCCACCACCACCACCACCACCAUGACGCCGUACCCGCCGUACAAGACUGAGUCUGAGGAGUACAUGAUGAGCAAGUAUCCAAACAAUAAGUAUUAUUCCUACUACAACAGGGAUGCUUAUAACACAAACUACUAAAAGGAUGCUUAUGGCAAAGGCAAUGAUCUGGACAAUACAAGGCACACAGAAGGAGGAUACGAGCCUGUAAUGUCGAAGAAUCCGAUGACAAGGAAGAAGAACCAGAUGUUCUAUAACUGCAACAAUGGCGGAUAUGAUGAUAGGUAUCACCACAAUAAUGGUGAGAGGCAAUGAAUGAGUGAUACUAGGUUUAUGGAAGGUGGAAAAUACUACUAUGAGAAUAAUAACUCCAUUGAAGCAUAUCAGAAUCAGGGGUUUGAGGGUAACGCAGAUGAGUUUCAGCCUUGAACUUAGUGUGUUUGGAUUAAAAAUAAUUCACAAUUGAAGUUGGAAUCAACAGAGUUAGUAAAUCGAGAUUAAAAAAAAGGUCAGCAAUUUUAAUGUGAUUUA